AAACAAAUAUAAUUCAUAUAUUAGGAAAUAUUUUUUUUUUAAAAGAAUAUAUAUUAAUUAGGGGAUUGAUUGGUUUGGAAUGUGUAGAGCCACCUCGUCAAGUCAAGUUAGUCUCUUUUUUUAUUUGAAGUCUUCUCUUUCUCUUUCUGUUUCUCUCUCUAAUAACUCAAAGAAAAAACCAGCGCCUUUUUCUACUUCUACACCUUUCUACUCCCGUCGAUAUGGAUUCCGAUCUCGAAAAACAGGCCAAGGAGGCUUUUAUUGAUGAUCACUUCCAACUCGCCCACGACCUCCUCUCCCAAGCAAUCGAUGUUUGCCCCACCAAACCCGACCUUUAUCUCGACCGUGCCCAGGCCAAUAUCAAACUCGACAAUUUCACUGAGGCUGUUGCAGAUGCAAACAGGGCGAUUGAGUUGGAACCGUUAAAUGCAAAAGCCUACCUGCGAAAAGGAAAUGCUUGCAUCAAGCUUGAAGAAUAUCAGACUGCCAAGGUAGCCUUGGAAAAGGGAGCUUCUUUGGCUCCAGGAGAUGCUAGAUUUACUAAUUUGAUUAAAGAAUGUGAUCAGCGUAUAGCAGAGGAAACUAGUGAUCUACAACAGAAAUUAUUGGAGACAACGAGUAGCACAAGUGUGUCUAUAGAAGAUGUUCAGCCUGUUGUUGCUGUCGACAACUCUCCCACUGAGGUGACAGUUACACCUGCUAAACCAAAAUACAGGCAUGAACACUACCAAAAGCCAGAAGAAGUGGUAGUGACAAUAUUUGCUAAGGGUGUACCUGCUAAAAAUGUUUCAGUCGAUUUUGGUGAACAAAUACUAAGUGUUAGCAUUGAUGUUCCUGGGGAGGAUUCAUAUCAUUUACAGACUCGCUUGUUUGGAAAGAUUAUACCUGAGAAAUGCAGAUAUGAUGUUUUGUCAACUAAAGUUGAGAUUCGGCUUGCAAAGGCUGAAGCAAUACAGUGGGCAUCACUUGAAUUCAGCAAAGAUAGUGCUGUUCAUCAAAGGGUCAAACCUUCAUCGUCAGUGGCUAUAACUGAAAGGCCAACUUACCCAUCAUCAAAAUCUAAGGUAGAUUGGGACAAGCUCGAGGCUGAAAUGAAGAAACAGGAAAAGGACGAGAAGCUGGAUGGCGAUGCAGCUUUGAACAAAUUCUUCCGGGAUAUAUAUCAAGAUGCUGACGAGGACACAAGAAGAGCCAUGAGCAAAUCAUUCGUGGAGUCUCAUGGAACUGUGCUGUCGACAAAUUGGAAGGAAGUCGGUUCGAAGAAGGUGGAGGGAAGCCCUCCCGAUGGUAUGGAAUUGAAGAAGUGGGAGUACUAAGCGAUGGAUGCUCUAUUUGUUGCAUUGGAUAUGAUUGUUUUUGCAAGCAUGUCGAUUUUGUUGAGGACAUUGCUUAUCAAAUAUGAUUUAUUUUCUCUUAAUGGAUGGUUUGCUUGCAUGUCUUGUUCAAGUUUUUCAUCACAUUGUUCCUGUGAUUAUCCAUGUACUUAACAUUUUUUUCCCUUUUCUAGUCUUUAACUUGUUCUUAAGUGUCAAUAUCUUUUUCUUAAUUCUGUUUGAAAUUUAAAUCUGUACUUAUUUUGUUCA